CGUACCAGCAGGAGGAGGAGGAGAGCAUGACUGGUCCUUUGACGUGGAAUAUUUCCGUAAAGAGACGAUGGAGGAGUAGCAGCGUGUAGCUCGAAGCUAUCCCGUAUUACCCUUAAAUCGAGACGGGAUUUAGCCCUGAACCCUCACUCGGAUCUGGGUUCACGACAGUCGACAGUCUUCCGCAGACUGACCCCUUUCUGUUCCCCCCCGCCUCCCUGCACUCAGCUACAGUCAUGAUUAAAGCCAUUUUAAUAUUCAACAACCAUGGGAAACCGAGGCUUUCUAAAUUCUACGAGCAUUAUAGUGAAGACACGGAGCAGCAGAUCAUCAGGGAAACCUUCCACUUGGUCUCGAAAAGAGAUGAGAACGUCUGCAAUUUCCUGGAAGGUGGAAUGCUGAUUGGAGGAUCGGACUACCGGCUGAUCUACAGACACUACGCCACACUGUACUUUGUGUUUUGUGUGGACUCCUCAGAGAGUGAGCUCGGGAUAUUAGACUUGAUCCAGGUAUUUGUGGAAACGCUGGACAAAUGCUUUGAGAAUGUCUGUGAGCUCGACUUAAUUUUCCACGUAGACAAGGUCCACAACAUUCUGGCGGAGAUGGUGAUGGGCGGGAUGGUGCUGGAGACCAACAUGAAUGAAAUCAUCACGCAGGUGGAUUCCCAGAACAAGAUGGAGAAGUCCGAGGCCGGUAUUGCAGGAGCGCCUGCUCGUGCCGUGUCAGCUGUAAAGAACAUGAACCUGCCGGAAAUGCCCAGAAACAUCAACAUUGGUGACAUCAGCAUCAAAGUGCCAAAUUUACCCUCCUUCAAGUAGUGGCAGCGAGACCGUGAAGCUACAGAUGUCAGCCAAUGUUUACCGCAAUGCAAUCUGUUUACCAAAACCUCAAAUUACUAACUUUUAUCCAAACUAUACAGCUUGAAGGUACUGUUUGAUUUGACACUCCUUGUUUUGGUGUUAUCUCUCUUUUUUUUUUUUUUUUUUCCUGUUAAAGAAAAAAAAUGAAGGUUUUACGUGUUUUGUUUGUUCUUUCUGUUGGAAGGAAAAAUGAAGUAUUUAUUUAUUUGUGGUACAUUCCUUCUGCCUCGAUGGAGGUUGGUUCUCGACGUUCAGCUGCUACAGAACAGAUCUGUCAGUUUGUAACUGAAAUGAUUUCAUGUUUACUUAAAGGAGAGAGCGUGGCAGGUGGUGACGUUGUGGGACAGUCUUAUUGGUUUGAUAAUUCCAGACCAGAGAAAUGAAUCAGAGGAAAAAGCAUGAAACUAUUUUGAAUUCCAAAUGGCAACAGGUCUGCCACAGUAUUGACAGUCAUGCAUUACAGCUCGUUUGUAAAAUCAGUGCAAAGAAUAUUGUAUUACAGAUCUGCUGUGACAGAAACAUGGAUAUAUAUGCUGAAAUGAUUUUCUCUUUUCUUAUUUGUACGCAAACUAUUUUUAAAUGAUUCAUCAUGUCUUAUCAAAUGAUUAUCUUAAUUUGAAUCUGUGCAUGACUUUUUUUUCCCUCUUCUUUUUCAACAUAAUAAACUGUCAGAACUCAA